GCCCGACGUUUUGUCUUAACCUUGAAACAAUCUCUCUCUCUCUCUCUCUCUCUCUCUCUCUCUCUCUCUCUCUCUCUAAAUUUUGAAGUGCAAGCAAAGAAAUCCCAUGCCAAACCAAACCCUACCGAUCAUCAUGAAAUAUAUAUCUCCAUGACCUUAAUUCAUGCACACCAUUUCCUUCCAUCUAGCACACACAUAUCCAUGGAAUCGGAAACCCAGCACUCCCUACAGCUUCCUGAAGAAAACCCAGCAGGUGGAGCAGCUGCCCUAACCCUACCACAUGUUAACGAUUACAACGCCAAUGUCGACACUGCCCGACCUUCCGCUCCGUCAAAGAAGCCGUAGCGAUCUUUGACGAGCGCCUUCUUCUCGGAGACAUGUUUUCAUCCCCUAAACCCCUAUACACCAAUAAUAUUGUCCAAAGUAGCCCUACUACCACUCCAUCAUGGAAGUUUUCGCCGCCGAACUAUAAAGAAAGCGAAGAAGUAAGAGUUAGUAGUUAUGGUGAUCGCGAGGAGAAAGUAGCAGUUAUGGACACUCUUAAGAAGCUCGAGGCGGAGCUCGAGGAAACAAAGGUGGAGCUGAAGUUGCUGAAGGAGAGGGAGUCAGAAACGGAGGUGGCACUGGCGUCGUUGAACGCGGAGCUCCACAAGAACAUGUCCAAGUUGGCUCGAGCGGAGGCGGAUGCGGCAGCAAAGGCGAGUAACGUGCUGCAUGUGUCAACAACUACUACAUCAUCAUCACCAAAUAUUACUACUAUGGGAGAUAAUGUUGAAGAGCGGAAUAAGGGGGAGUGGAUGAUAAGGAUGGAGAACUCUACGUCUUUGGCUCAAGUAUUGACCAUUGGUACUACUGAGAAACAAGGAGGAGCCGGCUACCACCAUGUCGGAGCCGGCUACUACGACUAUGUCGGAAGGAACAGAGAGAAGAAAACAAUGAAGAAAAAGCCUAUUGUCCCUCUUGUGCAAGAUUUAUUGUCGUGGAAAAAAGGGUCUAAAUAUUCCAGUUCUCUUUGCAACCCUUUUUAUUCGUCUACGCAAUUGUACUAUUGAAUCUUGAUUUAAAUCAUGUUUAAUUACUUCGAUAUAUUUCUUUCAAUCCAAAAGGGGAAGAAACAUGAAUAUAAAUGAUAUCA